AUGUUCUACAGUCACGAGGUUCUCACCUCGCGCAAGCACGGCGUUGCAACAGUCUGGCUUGUUGCUACAUUGGGCUCGAAAUCCACGCUCAAGAAAGUUGACCGCAAGGAAAUCUGCGCCGUCAAUAUCACCAAGGCAUGUCAGACUAUUGUAUCGCCAGAAGCUCCUAUGGCGCUCAGACUACAGAGCAAUCUACUGUAUGGAGUCACGCGUGUAUAUGGCGAGCAAUGCAACUUCGUGCUCAAAGACGCACAAGUCGAGCAAAACAAGAUUCGUGCUCUGCUGCGCUCUCUUCACGCUGCACCGAUUGAGCUCGAUGGCAAGCACAAGGCCAAACCUGCUCAACUCAUUCUCAACGACGAUCCAGACUUCUCUCCAGAGCUAGCCUGGGGCAUCGACUUUGACCCUUUCCGCGACGACUUUGGUCUCACCAGUGGCGAAGGCUCGUCUCCGCGAUCAGGUCUUCUCUCGCCACAUACUGCUGUCUCAAGUGCUCUGGGUUCUGAACAUCUGGAUCCGAAUCUGGACAUCAUCAUUCCGCCGUCAGCGUCUUCCAACUCAGCCGGCGGUGGCUUUGGUCUUGGUCUUGGUGGUGGAAGCCUUGCGAGUUCUGGCCACAACAGAGGAUUCAGUCAAUCAUUAUACGGCGCCCGUGAGGAGAAGUUGCUUGAAGAUGUCGGUUUCGGCUUUGACGAAGAUGGCAACUUCAUCGACGAUGUCGUUGCACCUGAUGUUGGACGCGCAAUUUCUGUUCAUACGCCUGCACCUGUUUUGCGUCAUGGCGCUUUGCCAGGCUCGAACGUUGACCGCGAUGUGGUCAUGUACGACGAUGAUCCUCUUCCUGUAUAUCAAAACGACGUCGACAUGCAAGAUGUAGAGCCAUUCUCUCCCCGCGCUGCCGCCCAACAAACAGACUCAGAUCACCCAGCACCUAUUGAAGGAGAAAAAGCUCAAAGCCAAACUUCAUCUACCACGGCCAUCGCUCCAGCGGUUCGCGUCCGUAUCCCUAAACCAUUACCUCAGGAUCAAGAACUCGAACUUCACAACUCUGAUCUCCAGGAUUGGGAUCGUGAUUACCUGGAGCAUCAGUCAGAAGUCUCUCGUCAUAAGUUGCAGAACAAGAGUGUUACUCUGGCACGCAAGAAUGCAGACUUUUGGGUGUUGCAGAAUGGUAUUGGCGGUCUGGGUUUGGCAUAUCAAGGUGCUGAGGAGCAUAUGCCUGAGCCUUUGAAAAUGUUUAGCGGAAGUGCUCUUCUUGAGGCACUGACUGGCAUUCAGCUCACAGUAGCAGGGGCAAAGCAUGCCAGAAGCGAUGAGGGAGAGGUCGACGACGAAGGCAGAAGAGUUCGCGCCCGCAGCGACGACAACGAGGUGGGCAGAGGAGCAGAGGUUGACAAUGCCGCUAUUUUCGACACUGGCUUUGCUGAUGACAGUGUCGACACCAUUGAGCAAGGUCGUGAGGCACCGACUCCAAUGGCAGAUCAACACUCUUCAGCCCAUACGCUGCCCUGGAACCAUGCCGCCCCACCUUCCCGUGGAUCCUCUCACCACGGCUAUAUACCACCCUUUCCCGUCGCAGGCCCCAGCAGCUCAGUUGCAGGCGGUGGCUUCAUCCCCCCAGCCUCUCACACCCGCAAUCGUCGCAUUGUCUCCCAGUCCCCUCUAGUAGGCCGUGGAGCCCACCCUACUACAAACCCCGAAGACCUAGGUUUCGUACACAGCGACGACAAUGCCCACUUUGACGAAACCUUUCCCCCUGCCGUCAUCAACGACAAUAUAAACGACGAAGAUUCACCACCCCACCCCUCCCUCGCCCCCUCCUACAACCUCUUCGGCCCCGCCGCCGCCGUAUCCACCCAAACCGCCUCCACCCCCAACUGGCUCACCACCACCCUCGCCACCGAAUCCCUAAACUUUCUCGCCUUUGUAAAAGCCGCCAUAAAUUCCGAACUCCACCAACAAGAAGCAGAAACCACUGUAGUAGAAGCCAUUGCAUCUGUUCUUGAUGUGGAAGCUUCUUCAUCCGAAGAAGAUAAACGUGGUGGCUUUGUGGAGUUUGAGGUGUUGUUGUCACCGGGGGGUAAUACGAGGGUUGUGGCUGCGCAAGGGUUUUUGCAUGUGUUGGCGCUGGUUACGAGGGGGUUGUUGGGGGCGGAGCAGGGGGAGGGGUUUGGGGGGAUUGAGUUGAGGGUUUUGUGA